AUGCCCAGAUCUGGCUCUAUCUCUCUACUUCUUCUUCAGGUGCCUUCACUCAACACUUGGAACAGCUUGGAAGAUGACAUUAUUGCUCAGUUAUUGCAUCAACUACUACAGCUGUAUAAAAGAUAUCAGUUGGAGAAGCUGGAAAAUGACGAUGUGAUGCAGUUUGUAUACGAGUCUCUCCUAAAGACAUUAAGCAUAGGGGAAGGAGACAUUGAGGUUUCUGUGGGAAAUCAAGGCUCACAGUAUUCCUCUCUGCUAGUUCGUCUACCAUUGAGUCUCCAAGAUGUACCACCAGUUCUAGUUGAUGCCAACACAGGCCCAGCAACAAGCUUACUUCAUGUCACAUUUCAGGGAACAGAAGGAGUGUUCAUUCCCAAGUUACACCUGUCACCUAGAGUUGAGUCACUUAUAGGGGGUGCCUCGACAUUAGCACUCCCAGCUGUGCCACCUGGAGCCUGCCUUAUGGACUAUGUAGAAAGGAUUUUGCAACUGCUUGAACAGAGGGUGCGCAAGGCUGUUUUAAGUUUUGAAAUGAGAAAGCAGUUUGUUGCACAGAUAUUGUGUCAGUUUGGAUGUGCUGUUCUAGAGUAUGAUGCAGAGCGAUUCGGUAAAGUUGUCCUUCUUUUUGAGGUGAAGGAUUUCCACUUCCUCACCUUUAUAACACUGAGUCCUCUGUUCCCCCAGCAACAGGCUCCAAAAGUAGUUCUUCAGUCACUUUACCACAACAGUCCUAGAGAACCAUACUCAAUGGAGUUAACAGACCUCUCAUAUAAUUCCCAGUGGAAUGCAGAAGAAAUGGUUCGACACAUAAAACAGGGAAUUCAACAGAAUGUCUCAUCCUUUCAAACUGCAUCCAUCAAAACAGCAUUAUAGAAUAUGCAAAACAACUUGUGCCAUUCUGAAACAGUAAAUGGCUUUUGUCAAGUAGAUUUUAAUUUAUUUGUAGCUUUAACACAGAAUAUGAUAUGGCUUUCAGUUAAAAGGAGUUGUAAAGAAAGUGAAAAAAAUAAUUGUACUCUAGCAGUGCUUUAUUUUUAUCAGAUAAAUAAAAAAGAA